AGUGAGAGAAAUAGUAAUUGCUUUUCACAGUUGACACUAUGCCAUGUUCCCAUCGGAAAUCGACUGUUUCUCCCAGUAUCCAACCAGUAGUGACUUCUGAUUCCUUUGCUGGCAACAUCUCUGGUGGUUCUUCUCCGCAGUUGGUGGCAAUCCUAAGCAAGAAACUUCAUGACGAGGUCAAGAUGAUAAUCGAAGCUGUCCAAAUUGCAGACCCAUCGCUUUCUAUUUCUCCAGCGACCUUGCUCCAAGCUCCUCUGGCUCUUCCGAUCAUGGGUUCUACUUCUUUUCCUACUCCGGCAAACUCCCCAGUAAAGUCUACCUGGGCCGAUGUUGUUGCUAAUUCUGGAAAAGGUACUCUGACUUUUCACCCACCUGAAUUUCAGAAUGGUAGAUUAGUAGUUCCUGAUGAUGUUCAUGUUGUGGGUUUGGAAUCUUGGAAUAAUUGUUUAGUGGGUACAUUUCUUGGUGGUUCCUCGUCCAACUAUGGCAACAUUGUUCAUACUGUAAACAAACUUUGGGGUAGAAAGGGGAAAAUAAUUGUUACUGGAGUAGGAAAUAACACCUUCCUGUUUCAAAUUCCAGAUCUUGCAACUAGAGAGUGGGUUCUUCAUUCCAAGAUUCCAUGGCAUGUGUCACAAAGAACUUUGUAUCUCCAGCCAUGGAAACCUAAUCUGGAUUUGUCCAAGAUUAAACCCUCGAAGAUACAUAUCUGGGUUAAAAUUUGGGGAGUUCCUAUGACUUUGUACACAUCUCAAGGGCUAGGAUAUGUGGCUAGUGCCAUUGGAGUCCCUGUUUGUCUUGAUAAGGCCACAAAAGAGCGUGUUCACAUCAACUAUGCACAGGUGUGUGUUGAAGUGGAUGCAGACAAAGUUGCAGAUCUUCCAUCCUCGAUCCUUAUUAAUGGUGUGAACCAACAACCAAUAGAGCUUCUCUUUGAGUAUCUGUGGCUCCCUGUGCAAUGUGGAAAUUGCAAGAAGGAGGGACAUCUUAAAAAGGACUGUACAAAGAAGUUCCAAAGGGAACCUAUUAAGAAACAAGAAUGGAAGGUAAUCUCAAAGAAGAAGACACAUGAAGAACUCGAGAAAGUGGUUUCUACUAUUGUUAUCCCUUCUCAUUUGAGCAUGCCGGAUCUUGAGCUAGAUAGUCAGCCCUUAGUACCAGCCAAGGAUAUACAGAUAGUAUCACCAUCUAUUUUACUUGAGCAAGAGUUUGCCCUUAAGCAGAAGAGAUCUAGAGCUGCUUCUCAAGGUGUUGCUAUAGCCACAAAAGCUUUAUUGCCACGGCCAAGACAGUCCAAGAAAAGUUCAAACUCCUCAAGUGAGCAAAAUUUUUUGGCAGUAUCUAGCUUUUUGUUGCCUGGGUGGCUAGGACACAACAACUAUGAGUAUGCAAGCUUAGGAAGGAUUUGGGUGUUUCAUAGGCCUCAUAUUCAGAUUAUUGUUUCAAAAGCCACUUCCCAAGCUAUGCAUUGUCAUACUUUUGACAGUACUACUGGCAAGUAUUUCUUCCUCAGUGUGAUCUAUGCGAACUCAUACUAUGAGAAUGUUAGACAAGAACUAUGGAAAGAGCUGGUUCUUAUCAGUAAAGCUUUCCCUCAAGUGCCUUGGCUGGUGGGGGGAGAUUUUAAUGAGAUCCGAUCAAUUGAGGAGAGGUCAGAUUGGCAACAAUCACUCACUUUUGCAAAGAGUUCUGAAUUUUUCCAAAACCAACUCAAUGAAGCAGAGUUGCAUGAUCUUCCUUCAAGUGGUUCUUAUUUUACAUGGGCUAAUAGCACAAUUUCUAAAAAGUUGGACAGACUCAUGGUGAAUGAAGUUUGGCUAGAAAAAUUUCCAUCCACUAAAACGUCUUUUCUGCCACCUGGAUGCUCAGAUCAUUGUGCUGGUUUGGUUGAAAUUACUUUGCCUAUGGUCAAUAACAGAAAGAAGCCAUUUAAGUUUUUUACCCUUCAGACCAAGAAUGAGGCCUUCUUGACAACAGUUAAACAAAUUUGGGACUCUACACACAUAAAAGGUUGUGCGAUGUAUCAACUUUGUAAGAAACUCAAAGCCCUAAAGCCAGCUUUGAAAAAAUUGAAUAGUGAUCACUAUGGGGACAUACAAGGCAAACUGCAACAGGAAAGAGAUAAGCUACAUAUGCUGCAACUUGAUCUAUUAGCUAACCCACAUGAAGAUUUAAUACAAGUUGAGCAUGAGCAAGCCAAUAAAGUAGCAGCUUUGCAACUAGCUGAGGAGUCUUUCUUUAGGCAGAAAUCAAGGGUCAAAUGGCUACAAGAAGGCAGUAGCAAUACCACAUAUUUUCAUAAAGUGGUAAAAAUAAGAAAGAUGAAGAAUACAAUUAUUGAACUCACUACAAUGGAUGGAAGGAAACUUACAGCCUUACCUGACAUGGAGGCUAAAGCUGUACAAUUCUACCAAACUUUGUUAAGAGCACAAGAUGUAAAUUGUAGAAGGGCAGAUGGUCAAUGGCUCAAAGACUUGCUGCAAUUCCAAUUGCCAGAGGAUCUAUGUACUUUGCUUACACAACCGGUGACUGCAACAGAAAUUAAGGCUGUUGUGUUCAACAGCCCUGGAAAUAAGGCACCUAGGCUUGAUGGCUACACAGCAGGAUUUUUUUAAGGCCUCCUGGACGGUUGUAGGUGAUUUGGUGAUAAAGGCAAUUCAAGAAUUUUUUACAACUGGAAAAAUACUAAAGGAAUUGAACUCUACAUUGAUAACCUUGGUUCCAAAGGUCUCAAAUCCUACUAGAAUGUCUGAGUUCAGGCCAAUUUCCUGCUGCAAUAUACUUUAUAAAUUCAU